UCGCACUGGAAUCCACCACUACCAUCCCAAUCUUCUCCUCCCGCAUCGCCCCCCACCUCACCUCCCCGGAAAACCCCCAAAUUGCAAUCAGCCCCCGGGCGGGCGCCCCCCAAAUCCAUCCGCAACCCAGCUCGAGGGAUUCGCGAAUUCGUCGACGGAGCCUGACGGAUCGGGCAGCGAGGAUGGGCAUCUCGAGCAUGCCGACGCCCAAGGACAGCCUGAUGGGGUUCGUCCUGUACAACACGGCGGUGUCGGUCGCGAUCCUGGCGGGGCUGGUGCGCGCGGCGCUGGUGUUCCUGGGCCUGGCCGCGCCGUCGCCGUGGGAGGGCCUCGCCGCCUCCGACGAGCACCACCACCACCGCCAGGUGGUGUCGUCGAUCACGCCCCUGGGUCCGAGCCUCGCGGACCGGUUCCGGAGCCGGUUCCGCCCGUCGCGGUUCGGGCGGCGGCGCGGCGGCGCCGGCGCGGAUUGCCGCGUGUGCCUGGCCCGGUUCGAGCCGGAGUCGGUGGUGAACCGGCUCCCCUGCGGGCACCUCUUCCACCGGGCCUGCCUGGAGACCUGGCUGGACUACGACCACGCCACCUGCCCGCUCUGCCGCCUCCGCCUCCUCCCCCCCGCCGCUGGCGACGACUACGCCGCCGUGGCGGCGGCGGCCCCGGCCGUCCGGUUUUAGGAGAGAGAUCCAGGAGGCCACCGGGGGCCGGCCCGGAUCGGCGCGGCCCCGCCGCGUGCGCGUAGGCAUUCGAGAGGCAGGCUGAGGCAGCAGACGCUCCAUUAGCUCUAGUGCUCCGCUCCCAUUUAGUAGCGCCUUUCCUUUUUUUUUCCUGCUUCUUUUUCCUUCCUUUUCAUGUGUUUUUCUUCUCCCUCCACCAUUUCGUGCUCCCUUUUUUCUUCUUUCGUUUUCGUCGCUCGUGCUUGCUGCUGUACCGUUUGUAAAUAUUCGCAGCGUGCUCCGAUGGUGUAGCACUUGCAGUACUGUGUACAGGCUUUUCGAAAGCGAAGAGAUGAGAAGAAGAACAAGAAAAAGAAUUGGUCCGAAAAAA